UUUCCCGGGGCGCCGCCCGGGCUCGGGGCGGCGGCGCUCGCAGCAUGGCCCGGGGCCCGGCGCGCCUGCAGUUCCGCGUGCAGCUGCGCUUCGUGACCGAGGAGCAGCUCUUCGGGGCGGGGCCGCUGUCGCCCCCCAGCCCGAAGUGCCUGCGGCUGGAGGUGCACCCGGCGGGGGAGGAGGCGGACGCGACGGUGACCGACGCUGAUGGCGUCUGUGUCUUUAAAUGCUUACUCAACAGAGACACGGAAUGUUGCCGCGUGGGGAAGGAAUCCGUCUUGAUCACUCUGGGAUACAGCAGUGCUCUGUUGAAGUUUGAAUCUCACGCAGAUCUCAGCUCAUUUUCGAAUACCUUGAAAAGCUGCCGGAAUGAGAAAAAGGAGUCCUCGGUGUUCAGCCAGCGGACAGAAGAGGCAUCAGCCGUGCAGUAUUUCCAGUUUUAUGGCUGCAUUUCCCAGCAGCAGAACAUGAUGCAAGAUUUUGUAAGGACAGCCACUUACCACAGAGCCAUCCUCCAGAACCACAUUGACUUUAGAGACAAGAUUGUCCUAGAUGUUGGCUGUGGAUCAGGAAUACUAUCAUUUUUUGCCGUGCAGGCUGGAGCUAGGAGAGUGUAUGCUGUUGAAGCCAGUUCUGUCGCACAGUAUGCGGAGAUGCUGGUGAAAAAUAACCACCUUUCAGACAAGAUCAUUGUUUUGCCAGGGAAAAUCGAGGACAUCUCUCUUCCCGAAGCCAUCGACGUGAUCGUGUCCGAACCGAUGGGGUACAUGCUGUUUAAUGAAAGGAUGUUGGAGAGUUACCUUCAUUCCAAAAAGUGGCUAAAAGCAAAUGGAAUGAUGUUCCCGACCUUCAGUGACAUCCACUUGGCCCCCUUUUCUGACGAACAGCUCUACAUGGAACACUACUCCAGAGCCAACUUUUGGCACCAGCAGUGUUUCUAUGGGGUCAACCUGUCCAGUCUCCGGGGGGCCGCGGUGGACGAGUAUUUCAGGCAGCCGAUAGUGGACACGUUUGACGUUAGGAUUUUGAUGGCUCGGACGGUCAAAUACACGGUAAACUUCAUGGAUGCAGAAGAAGCAGAUCUGCACAGAGUAGAAAUCCCCUUUGUGUUUCAGAUGACACAGUCUGGCCUCAUCCACGGCCUGGCGUUCUGGUUUGACGUGGCCUUUGUUGGAUCUGUGGUAACUGUUUGGCUGUCUACAGCCCCAACUGAGCCUCUGACUCAUUGGUAUCAGGUGCGGUGCCUUCUCCACACUCCCCUCUUUGCCAAAGAAGGAGAGACCCUCUCAGGGAAAGUGCUGUUUGUAGCCAACAGACGACAGAGCUAUGACAUUCAUAUCGUGGCGCUGGUAAACCAGACAGGCUUCAGAUCUGGGAACAUCCUCGAUCUAAAGAAUCCUUUCUUUAGAACUGCUACAAUGGAAGUUAAAGGAAAAAAAAAAAUCACAGGAAAAGAUGUGAAGACCUCACAAGAAAAAAACAUAUUUCAUAAAAACAGUGAUUCUGGUUCGUCAAAGACCUUUCCAGGAAAAGUUGUCAAGGAAGGUGGACCUAAAAUCACACCUAAGAACUUCGAGAAAUGUGCCACAAAACCCGGGAAAAAAGGUGUAAAGCAGUUCAAAAAUAAGCAGCAAGGGGAUAAAAUACCAAAGAACAAAUUCCAGCAGGCAAAUAAAUUCAACAGGAAGAGAAAAUUCCAGGCGGAUGGUAAAAGUGAUGAAUCAGCGGCCAAGAAACCGAAGUGGGAUGACUUCAAAAAGAAGAAGAAGGAACUGAAACAGAGCAGACAGCUCAGUGAUAAAACCAACUAUGACAUCGUUGUUCGAGCGAAGCAGAUUUGGGAGACCUUACGACGAAAAGACUGUGACAAAGAAAAGAGAGUCAAGUUGAUGGGUGAUUUGCAGAAGCUGAUUCAAGGGAAGAUUAAAACAAUGGCAUUUGCUCAUGACUCCACUCGUGUGAUCCAGUGUUACAUUCAGUAUGGUAACGAAGAACAGCGAAAACAGGCUUUUGAGGAGCUGCGAGAUGAUUUUGUCCAAUUGAGUAAAGCUAAGUAUUCCAGAAAUAUUGUUAAGAAAUUUCUCAUGUACGGGAGUAAGCCGCAGAUUGCAGAGAUCAUGAGAAGUUUCAAAGGGCACGUGAGGAAGAUGCUGCGGCACGCGGAGGCGUCCUCCAUCGUGGAGUAUGCGUACAAUGACAGGGCCGUCUUGGAGCAGAGGAACAUGCUGACGGAGGAGCUCUACGGGAACACGUUUCAGCUCUACAAGUCUACAGAUCACCCAACUCUGGACAAAGUAUUAGAGGUACAGCCCGAAAAGCUAGAGCUUAUCAUGGAUGAAAUGAAGCAGAUUCUAACUCCAAUGGCCCAAAAGGAAGCUGUGAUUAAGCACUCAUUGGUGCAUAAAGUAUUCUUGGACUUCUUUACCUACGCACCUGCCAAGCUAAGAUCAGAAAUGAUCGAAGCCAUCCGCGAGGCGGUAAUAUACCUGGCACACACACACGAUGGCGCCAGAGUGGCCAUGCACUGCCUGUGGCACGGCACGCCCAAGGACAGGAAAGUGAUUGUGAAAACAAUGAAGACUUACGUUGAAAAGGUGGCUAAUGGACAGUACUCCCAUUUGGUCUUAUUGGCGGCAUUUGAUUGUAUUGAUGAUACUAAGCUUGUGAAGCAGAUAAUCAUAUCAGAAAUUAUUAGUUCCUUGCCUAACAUAAUAAAUGACAAAUACGGAAGGAAGGUCCUCUUGUAUUUACUGAGCCCCAGAGAUCCUGCACACACAGUGCGGGAAAUUAUUGAGGUUCUGCAGAGAGGAGAUGGGAACGCACACAGUAAGAAGGACACCGCCAUCCGCCGGCGAGAGCUCCUGGAGGCCGUCUCUCCGGCUUUGUUAAGCUACCUGCAAGGACACGCCCGCGAAGUGGUGCUGGAUAAGUCUGCGUGCGUGUUGGUGCCCGGCAUUCUGGGAGCUGCCACGGGAGACGUCCAGCCCGCCAUGAGCGCCAUCGCCGGCUUGGCGGCCGCAGAGUUGCACCCGGGCGGCCAGGAUGGAGAGCUUCACGUCGCAGAGCAUCCUGCGGGACAUCUCGUUCUGAAGUGGUUAAUAGAACAAGAUAAGAAGAUGAAGGAAAGUGGAAGAGAAGGUUGUUUCGCAAAAACACUUGUAGAGCAUGUUGGUGUGAAGAACCUGAGGUCCUGGGCCAGUGUAAACCGAGGUGCCAUUAUUCUUGCUAGCCUUCUCCAGAGCUCCGAUCAAGAAGUUGCAAACAAAGUCAAGGCUGGACUCAAAGGCCUCAUUCCCACAUUGGAGAAAAACAAAAAUGCCAGCAAAGGAAUAGAAACACUGCUUGAAAAACUGGCCGCAUAGUGGAGAUAGUUAAGAACAAGAUGGAAUCUUCUUUCCUGUUCUCUUUUCCCAGAGCGGGAAAGAAGGGCCAGGGGCUGCCUUCCUGGGAGUCUGGGUGCUCUGUAUAUGUGCUUCUUCUUUGUGUAAGAGUCUAUUUAUAAAACAAUUUUCUAAAA